CCUUGCCCGAGGGCAGUCGCCGUUGUCGUCCGUUCCACACUCGUUUCUCGCUUGGCACGGUUCCGUGGAAAACAUGGUGAAGUGGAAGUGCUGCUAAGCAAACGAGUGCUUACGCCCGACGGACGCAUCGCCAUCGCCUACGUCUUCCGAUCAUGUUCUAGAACACGAUCGGUCUUAGUGUGCGGUGGUUUGCGCAAACGUGAAUAAAAACGGCAGUGCAGUGCGACGAUGUCGUCGAUACAGUUCGUGGUGCAUCCUCUGCCGGGCACCGAGGAGCAGUUUAACGAUAGGCUGAAGGAGGUUGCCGAUAGAAUAAAUCGUCUAGGACAAACUUCACAUCCAGUCUGGUCCAAUCUCAGAGUUGGCGUUAAGCGCAUUGUUUUAGGACCGGCACAUAUUGCCCUGUUGCUGGAGGAUGGUCGCGUGUGCAGGGUUUCAUUCAGUGUCAUUUCAGAUAGAUUGGAUCUUACAAAAACUGAUCCAAAUAAAGUAAACAAUGGAAGUAGUGCAGCCGGAGGCGGUUCCGGCGGUGGAGGAGGUGGCGGCGGAGGAGGCGGUGGUGGCACUGCUUCAAGCAGCAAGCCUACCGGUAGCAGCCGACAAAUCCGCACGCGUGCACGCAUCAUGCGCUCAAAUUCGGCUAUUAGAGGUGGAAAUAACAGCGGAAGCCGGGGUGCCCCGGUGAUUAUUGGAACCAGUGGUUCCGGAAGCGGACGACCUUUGGUGCCAAUUCCUGCCAGUUUCGUGCCAGAGGAGUUGGUCACACAAGCUCAGGUAGUCCUGCAAGGCAAAAGUCGCAAUCUCAUUAUUCGAGAAUUACAGAGAACAAAUUUGGACGUUAAUCUAGCGGUUAAUAAUUUAUUGUCGCGCGACGAUGAAGAAGGCGAGGAUGGGGACGAUCCAGCCGACUCAUACGUUCCGGAGGAUUUGAUUUCCCUUCUGGACGGCGGUUUCCAUCCGGAUCAUUCUGUGAUCAUCGAUGCUGAUGCCAUGUUCUCCGAGGACAUGUUCGGCUACACGUCGGGAAUUCGCAACUUCCUCCACAGCCGCAACAGCUCGAGUCGUAACCGCCUUGCUGAUCGGGAUGCUCCACCAACGAACAACUCUGGCUCAGGCCUGGAUCGGGACACCAUCACGCGUGAUAGCUUCUCGCGAUGGAGGGAACGUCAGUAUUUGGGGCCACGCAGAUGGUUGGAGACUGCUCUCAGAGAUAGCGCAUUUGAGAAAGAAACUGACAACAAAAAGAAAGAUGGGGCAAGUCCACUGUGGAUCUCAGACGAAAUUGAAUUCUGGCCCGAAUCUGCAGGAAGAUUCACACAGAUUGCAACAUUGUACAGUGAGUUGAUCGCUUUGUCGACCAAUGGACAACUCUAUCAAUGGAAAUGGAACGAUGCCGAACCUUACAAACACCCUGAUAAUCCCAAUGUUUACCACCCCAAAGCAAUACAAUUAGGGCUGGUGGGUGAGAAAAUCAGUCAGUUGUCCGCGUGUUCCACGCGAUGUUCUGUGGCAACAGAUAGUGGUAAAGUCGCCACAUGGGUAGAUGAACAACUCAGCGCGGCGUCGAGUAAGUUGGACAACGUUGCCCAGGCCUACAUCGAAUUUCAGUCGGAUAGGAUUACAGGGUUGUACACUUGUCCGUUGUACACUGUGGCCAAGCUAGAAAGUGGCGCUUUAUAUUGGUGGGGUGUGCUACCUUAUCCUCAACGCAAACGUCUUUGGGAGAAAUAUCGCGGUAAGUUCCGCCGCCAACGGGCUAGCCAAGCAGAUCUUACUACCGGAGCUCAGGUAUACAUGAAGAACAGUCCUAUGUACCAGAGUGGUGCUCUCGGUGUGACAGUCACGGGCGGAAUCCCCAAAGUGGGCCAGCUGCAGAACGCAGCGUGGACCCUAAAUGACACAUGCACGUUUAAGAUUAUCACAAAUGCAACGGAGAAGAGCAAAGAUGGUGGACCUAUGCCAGGAACCAGUGGUUUGAGUAACCUAUCAUCGAAGAAUAAGGAGAACACUGAUCGAUUAGAUAUGCCACCGCCUCCUUCUCCAGCAUCGAGUACUUGUAGUGACACAGGGAGCAUUACAAAUAGCCACAAACGGCAACGACGUAUGGCGCCUUCUGGACAAGAACAGGGCACUGAACAGCGUAAGGACGAAGAAGAAUGGUUCCUUCGAGAUGUUAUAUUUCUUGAAGAUACACGCACUGUUCCAGUUGGCAAAGUACUCAAAGUGGACGGAGCGUACGCUGCCGUCAAAUUUCCGACAUCACAUUCUCGCGAUCGUGAUGGUAACAAGGAAGCUGAUGAUAUAUUGCAGGAUUGUCGUCUAAUGCGCAAAGAUGAUUUACUUGUUUUGAAGUCAAAUGCGACUUUCCGGGCACCCGAUUGCUUCCAAAAAACACCACGACGUAUCCAGCUACCUGAACAUGGCGGUCACAUUUUAACAAUCGCCGUGGAUGUUCACGGUGUGCAUGCUGUCGUUCGCAACGGCAAUAAACUGAGCUAUGUGAUCUACAACAUUUGUUCUGGACGUGUCGAACAGGAUAAUCCAUUUCCUAGUGAUACUGCUUCAUUUAUGGGGUUGUAUCCUCAAAAUAUUACACUUACGUCUGCAGCUGAGAGUAUGGAAACGAUUUUGAUUCUUCGCGAUGGCAAUAGUACAAUUUAUCCUUUGGCGAAGGACUGUGCCGAUGCAAUCAAAGAUCCGCAAGCGAUAGAUCUACCACCGAUCAAGAGCGUUGGUGCUGGAUCGGUUGUCUUAGCCGGUACGGCCCCCAACUUGAAGAACCAAGUCGCCAUUAUUAUCUUUGCGCUGGAUCAUCAGCUGCUUAUGCCGAAAAUACUGCGUUGUGAUGUUGACGGCGCGCGACAAAUAUUAAUUCAGUUGGAAUUGGAAUGCAAAACAAAUUCAAACGCUGUUCAAGCAAUUCUCAAUGAACGAUGUGAUGGCAAUCGCAAUAUCUUCCACGCUGUGGUGAACAUGUGUACACCAACGUCGAACAAAGAACCGGAUGCUGAGGCGCCCGCUGCUGCUGCGCCAACCGCCAACGCUGGAUUGGAAUGCAUCAACGUUAUCACUAAUGCAGUGGGUUCGCGUUCUGUCUCCAUCCGCGAAAUGAUGCGCCGCGUAGUGCGCAAUGAUGUUAACAAUUCUAACUCUGGCGAGCAGCUAUUCCUCCAAGAGGAAUCGAUUCCAACACACUCUUGGCCACCAGAGAACUUUGAAGUUACUUCUGGCGAUGAAGACAGUUUGAUGGGUCUGGGAAAUGCGAACAAGAGCGGCAGCAACAGUGCGACUAAUCUUAUUGUAGAUCCUGUUGAGCGCAGAGCUAACGCGAUGGCUAUCUUGCGCGCAUUGCUGUUUGAAUCCAGUGCACUUACGCCGCAUCUGAUUGAAUUGUUGUGUGCAAAGGAUUCGCAAGGUCAAACUCCAUUCAUGUCUGCGGUAUCGUCACGCUGUUAUCAAGCUGCGUUAGAGUUGUUUGAGCGGAUUAUUCAGCUAGGUACAGCUCACGAACAGGAAGAGAUGAUAUUCCCUAAGGGGUCCAAUCCAGAUCACUCGCCGCUGCAUGUGAUCUGCUGUAAUGACACUUGCAGUUUCACAUGGACCGGGGCGAAGCACAUAAAUCAGGAUAUUUUUGAGUGCAGGACGUGCGGCCUGACAGGAUCGUUAUGUUGUUGCACGGAAUGCGCGAGGGUGUGCCAUAAAGGGCAUGACUGUAAACUGAAGAGAAUAGCGCCUACAGCUUACUGCGAUUGCUGGGAGAAGUGCAAGUGCAAGGCCCUUGUAAUGGGGAACCAAACUGUGCGGUAUGAGCUUUUGAUUCGGUUGGUUAGGGAUACCAACCUAGUUAUGCAACCUAAUGCCCGUGGCGAAAACAUUCUACUUUUCCUGGCUCAGACUGUGGGUCGUCAGAACCACGAACAAAAUCAGUAUCGCGGGUUGCGGCCGCGCACAGCAUCAGCUAACUCACGAAACAAAACCCCUUCAAGCGACAUUGAAGUUGACAUGCCUGAACACGACUUGGAGCCUCCUAAGUUCAGUCGACGCGCGCUUGAACAUCUACUUCGUGAUUGGCGUGCUGUUCACAGCAUGAUCAUGACUGGCAUGAAGGAAAAGGAUCAAGACACGUCGAAUUACAUCGGCGCUCAGAGUGGAACUACUCUUCUUGAUAAGUUUACGCACUCGCUGCUUGUGAAGUGUUAUCCCGAAGCGUUAGACAAGUUGAUCGAAACCCUUGUCAGGGAGAUGAAGUCUCAAGACACCGAACACGCCACGUUUGCUACAGAAGUAGCUAGACGAUUUAUGCGUUCUGUUGUGCGUAUCUAUGUUAUCUUUAACAUUGAACUUGCUCCGGUGUGUAAGAAGCGUACAACUAUAAAUCUUCGCAAUCAACCGAUCACCAUUUGUAAACAAGUAUUCCGUUCAAUGGUGAAACUUGCCAUCCAAGAACUCUGUGAAAUUGCCGAUUCUUUGAUUGCCCCGGUGAGAUUAGGUGUUGCUAGACCUACAGCGCCUUUCUCGCUCGCAACCACUAUAAAUGAAAUAAUCAGUGGAUCUGAGGAGUUAUUCCUAGUAGAUCCACUUGCUGCACCAGCGGCGAAUAUUGCUCCAAAUGGUGCAUCGCAAUUACCGCUGUCUACUCCAUAUCCAUUAUUAUCAGAAGCGGUAAGAAAUCACGGCCGCACUUUGGUGGUAAACCGCGCGAUUCCCGAUGCGAUCGAUGCCGAGAAUAUGGCUAUUGAUAAUGAUGACGACAAUGCUUCGGAGCUUGCAGAUACAUCGGACUAUCGAGCGCAUUCGCUUAGCGUUGGAAUGAACGAAGGGGAAUCGCAAGAGGCGCCCGCUGAACAACAGGAAGCCGGCGGCGGCCAAGGUGAUGACAGCGAUACAGAAUUGGAUCUGUUGGUGGAGACUGAGUCCGAUAGCGAUGACAAUCACAGUAAUCAAGAUGCAGCUUCUGCGCAAAGAUCUGUGCAAACUGGAGCUACGGUUGGGUCAGAUACAGGUAUGUUACUUUUCCCUGAAGAUGAGAGCGGCGAAUCUAGCCAGCAGGAGGAGGAGGAAAGUGAAGCAGGCGAGACGGACGAGCAGGACACGGAGGAUUACUCUUUAAACGAGGACCAACUUGAACGGCGGAGAAGCCGUUACAGCAGUGCCGGGCACGGGCCGCGUACCAACCUCGCGCCACAGAAUAUGCAGUGGGCGAUUCGAUCGCGAGAGGUGUCGCGAUCGCAUCUCCGUCAACUCUCUGGCAACUCCAAUUUGGUCUUCGUUGAUAGCAACUCGUUGCGUCGCUCGGCAUCUACGAGCACUCCAGUAACAGCCACCACAGAACCUGUGACUAUGGCUACGACUGCCAGUUGUCUUGCCAGGGCGUUCGGACUAGUUAUUCGACAGAUUUCUGAUUUGUUGCCUUUGAUGCUAUCUGGGAAUCAGACUAAUCAAGAUGAUAUCAGUAAUAUUCAAAUUUAUCUAGAAUUCCGGUUGAAAGCAACUUGGGAUUGGUUGUUGACUGUUAUGGAUGCGACCGAAGCUCAGUUAAGAUUCGGUGCUUCUUUAACGCAUUCUACUGAUACGACAUACCCUGGUCAAGCGGCAUCGACUUCUGCUGCUGCCGCUUCGGCUCCCCCCGCGGCCAACCCUGUGCGGACAGUACAUAGAACUCAACAGGUUCAACAAAUUCCAACGGCUACAACAAACUCCGGUACGCGUGUGAUUGGAUUCACUAAUGUGGACACCACGAGAUCUCGCCCCGAACGCGAAGGUGUUGAUGGUACAGCCGCUCGUCGAGAGUUCCUAUCCUACUGCCUAUCGCUCAUGAGAGCGCACAACAGCGAACAUCUAGAUUCUUUGCCGGUUUUGGACGUCUCCGCACUUAAGCAUGUUGCUUACGUUUUCGACGCGCUGAUUUAUUUUAUGCGCAGCGGCUCACACGAUGUGCAAGAGGAGGUACGUGAAGUUGCCAACUGGAAUGAAGCUGACGAAAACGAGAAUGAGGAAGGUGAAGAGGAAAUUCCGGUUGGUGUAGCGAUGGAAACUGAAUCGCUAGAUGUUCAGGAGGUGGCAAACCUUGCUGCAUUUGACUCCACCAUUAAUAGUAGCACUAAUCUCUUGGGCAAUAGCAGUGGCAAGGGUCGCAAACAUUCGUUCUUCCAGCGAUCAGAGAGCACUCUGUGUUUGGGGUGUCCGCCACCGGACCCAUUCGAAAGUCCCAUGUCGGAAGCUCUUCCGUUGGCUGACCAACCGCAUUUGUUACAACCAAACGCUAGGCGUGAAGAUUUAUUUGGUAUUCCCAAGCAACCCAUUUGCUUGUCUUCUAAGUCAUUAAAUUCGACAAAUCCAGCAAAUCCUUUGGAAACUCUGCCGGAGAGAUUAAGUUUAUCCUCAAGAACGAGUAAUUUUGCAAUGAGGGAACCUGCAAAGGCACAUCAUCCUAUUUCAGAAAGUUUUAAUGUGAUGGGGCCUCAUCCAAUCACGUAUCCGAAUAGUAAUCAAGAUGGAGCAACCGCUGCGUCGACAAGUGGUAGUUCAACUAAUCUUAGCACUUCGCCCAAUGAACACGACAGCAAGAAAAAGGACGAAGCAAGUGGGCAGGAUCGCCCACAGGAUUUAUCUUGCAAUAAGGAGCAAGCUACGGCGCCUACAAUGCCAAUGGAGACAGACAGUGAUAGCGAAGAAGACAAAGAGGAGAAAAAGGCGAAGUUGAAUAAAGAGCAAACUUCUACUUCUUCGAGGCCUCAAAUUAUCGUAUCGCCAAGAAAGACCUCAUCUGGUGACGAUACUAAGGAUAAGGAAGAAAGUGCUUCAACAUCUAGAAGUCCUGGAAAGAGUGUAAUCGUUCGAGCUGGAGCUGGGCCAACGCCUUCUAAAUCUGAACAAGUAUCACCCUCUCAGGAAACGGAAGAAUCCCAGAACAAAUUGGAUAUGACUGCAGCCGAUUUGGUUCGCCCGACAAUCGGUCAAUCCGUAUCUCAAGACUUGCUGCUUGGUAGAUGGCGUCUCUCACUUGAUUUAUUCGGCCGAGUGUUUAUGGAAGACGUUGCGCUUGAACAGGGCUCGAUCGUUUCCGAACUCGGCGGAUUUCCAGUGAAAGAAGCCAAGUUCCGACGCGACAUGGAAAAGUUGCGUAAUAACCACCAACGUGACCUGACUUUAUUGAAGAUGGAGAGAGAUAGGACUCAACUGAUUUUGCAAACUAUAAAGGAGCUCAACACGCAGUUCAACAACUACAAUCGUCGUACACAUACUUCUUCUCAGCCACCUCUAGCGGUAAACCGCGUGAAGGUUACAUUUAAGGAAGAGCCUGGUGAAGGUUCUGGUGUUGCUAGAAGUUUCUACACUGCAAUUGCCGAGGCUCUCCUUUCCAAUGAGAAACUACCCAAUUUGGAAAGCGCUCAAGUUGGCAAGUUUUCUCACUAUAAUGUGUUGCAACGUUUGCGGAGAGAUCGGGAGUUCCUUCGUCGAACAGGCCCUCCCGGAAGGGGCUCAUCCCGUUCUCGUGAUCACAGUAGGCGGGUGAUGAAUGCCGACGUGCGGCCAUUCAUUCCGUCGGAAGCAACACUCGCCGAAAAUUCUAGCUCUAUGCCUGACAUUAGCGGACCGGUGCCGUCCCAAUCUGGUAGCACGACCAAUCCGUCUAGCUCGAAUGCAAACCGCAACGAGCAUCUUACCUCACACCAACAACAACUCGGCGAACGACUGUAUCCACGCGUGUACAGCCUGCACCCGUCGAUCGCGGGUAAGAUUACGGGAAUGCUGUUGGAGCUAACUCCCGCACAAUUAUUGCUCUUGAUGUCAUCGGAGGAUUCAUUGCGCACAAAAGUACAGGAGGCAGUAGAGAUGAUAUUAGCGCACUCUCAUUCUCAACAAGACAUAACUUCUGAGGCACUGCUAGAGUUAGAUGUGUUUUCGUUGAACGAUCGCAGUGGAUGUCGUAAAAGCGCUGGCAGGACCGGCGAUGGACAGAGCACGGAGGAAGCGCCGCCAGCCGACGAAGAAGACAAUGCGCCUCUGUUUUAUUGUCCUGGCAAGCGAGGAUUCUAUGCACCCAGGCAGGGCAAAGGAUCAUUUGAACGUUUGAAUGCUUUUAGGAACGUUGGAAGGUUGUUUGGUUUGUGCUUAUUACAAAACGAAUUGUGCCCGAUUUUCCUUACGCGACACGUUCUCAAGUCUAUUCUUGGGCGACCCAUAAAGUUCCACGAUCUUGCCUUUUUCGACCCGGUCGUUUACGAGUCACUUAGACAGCUUGUAGUGGACGCCGAAACGAAGGAUAGUAACAGUCUAUUUGCUGCUUUGGAUUUGAACUUUAGCAUAGAUUUGUGCGCUGAAGAGGGAUGUGGUACCUUGGAGUUGGUUCCAGGGGGGAAGGACGUCGAGGUAACAGCGUCAAAUGUGUACGACUAUGUGAGAAAAUAUGCAGAAUAUCGAAUGGUAAAAGCUCAAGAAAAAGCGAUCGAACAUAUUCGAACAGGAGUAUUUGAUGUUCUGCCAGAAGGUGCCCUUGAUGGCUUAACCGCCGAAGAUUUGCGAUUGUUGCUCAACGGCGUUGGCGAUAUCAACGUAUCGGUGCUCAUUUCGUACACGUCGUUCAACGAUGAAUCUGGUGAGAGCGCCGAACGACUUGUCAAGUUCAAGCGAUGGGUAUGGUCUAUAGUUGAGAAGAUGACACAUAUGGAACGGCAAGACUUGUUAUAUUUCUGGACGGGAUCACCAGCGUUGCCCGCAAGUGAAGAUGGUUUCCAGCCAAUGCCGACAGUGACGAUACGACCUGCGGACGACGGACACCUUCCGACAGCAAACACAUGCAUAUCGCGUCUCUACAUCCCGCUCUACAGCAGCCGCAGUGUACUACGACAGAAGCUGCUGCUUGCCAUCAAGACCAAAAAUUUCGGCUUUGUGUGAUGACCAUGUCCCGCGAUUUUACAACGCCUUAUCAUAAAAUAUGUCAUUGCAAAUUUGUAAACCAGUUUUACGCGUUUUACUUCGCAUAAAUGAAAUAUGUCGAAGGCAAAUUUAUGAACUCUUCAAGUGCGUGUCGCAUCGUAUUGUGAAUUACAAGUGAUAACGAAUGGACGGAUUGCAAACGACAGCCGUCUCGAAAUAUUUUUUAACUGCAACGUACUAUUUAAGUAAACUUCAAGAUGACGCGCUCAAACAUACAACAGACAGACAUCCAGCUUUAGAUUAAUUUUUAGUUCUCACGGUAGCACGAAUCAUUGUUUACGUUCAUGAUUCUCUAUUUCCGGCUAAUUGUUGGUUCUAUCCUAAUGCUAAGAACUGUUUGUUUCAACGAGACUUUUAAAUGCCUCAGUUGCUUGUGUUUAUACUGAUUAUAUAAUUUCAAAUUUGAUUUCCAUUACGUUUCGACGUUAGUGUAAUAUUGUAUGCAUAUAUUUUUGGUUAUUGCUAAUGAGAACGAUUUAGGCAUAAUCAAGAUUUGGCAUUUAGGUUGCAUAUUUAAUUUAAAAUUUAAUAUUAAUAACACUGUUUAAAGGCACUUCUCGUGGUUUGACCUAACGGCGACUGGAGAAAACGCAACUAUUAUUCUCUCGAAAUUAGGAUAAACGUAAUAGCUUUGUGCUGUUAAAUUUGUCAAAUAAACCAAAUACAAAUUCA